AUGGUGUCUCUCUUUGAUAUCAGCCUGCAACGGCCCACAUGGUCGCAUCUCUCCACAGGAGUCCCGACUCUCGACCAGAUGCUUGAUCUCCAAUCAGAUGGCCUCUUCGACUUUCAGUCAGUGCCUGCCAAUGCUGGAGUAGAGGCUAUGGUUUGCAACUUGAUGGUAUCACAUCUCGCCAGCUCAUCGUCUCUGAAGAUUUUGGUCAUUGAGACACUCAACUCGUUCAACUGGAACUUACUUAAGCAGCAUCCUCAAUUUGAUGCCGAGUGGCAUCCGCGAGUCUCGGUGCAUAGACUUCUACUGGUGGUGGAACUCUUUUGGUUCUUCACUUUUGGGCCGGGAGCUUCGGCCGAUUGCACAUCCACAUUGCUCUUCAUCACGAACUUCCACGAAAUUGUCGAUUUGUACCGACUUCAUGUGGCACAAUCCUACGAAGAUGCGCUCCUCAAACAUCAAAUCGAUAAGAACCGUGAACUCCUUGCCAACUUGGACCGUGCCAGAGAGGAGGGAUUGGAGCUGGUCUCGCUUCCUCUGCUACCACCGCAGUCUGAUUUGCUUAAGCUGAGUCCCUAUGUAAAGGCUCAGAAACACAUCGACGAGCUCUUCAAAGAGAUUUCGGAAUUCACAUACAAGAACUCGGCCAUCGUGGUGCUUCUUGGCCACCUAGAUGCCAAAUUCAUGCCCUACAAUACAGCUCGGCUGCUGGCGAUGUCGCCGAAUAACAGUUCGAUGGCGUCUCAGAAUACUGAAUCUACGCUGUCCCAGACUUUUGGUCGAGAUGGUCGAGAUGGUCGAGAUGCCAAUCGGUUGGUCCUUGCACCUGUUACUUUUGGCAAAAAUCCAAGUGGAAACAGGGCUGGAGGGGAGGCGGGCCUCAACGAGGUGAAAAUUACAGCCAGACUUGUCUUUUACAACGAUUGGUACCACAAAAGUCCAUAUAUUCGUAAUACGGAAAACCCUCCAGAUGUUUCUGAGGACUUUCUUGUACUGGUGGUGAAAGUCACCAGCCUAAAUGGCGUUGCUAACAUCAACGAGCCCGUCUUCUUUGACUUGAGCGCACGUCAUCCCAACAGUGAAGCAUCUCUGAAUGGGUGGCUCAUUGACCUCCAGGUUCAAGAGGAUCAAGAUCUCUCUGCAUUAAUUCAGGACUCCAUCAACUCAACCCAAGCUCCACGAGCUGCGUCAACGCAGAUAGCACGACAGUUGGCUUUACCGUCGUCUCCAUUCUCCACCCAGCGGAUUUCAAAGGCAACAAUGGAAGAGAAUACGGAAUGUUUAGUCGAUAAAUCGGAAGGAAGACUAGAAGAGAGCCUAACCGAUAAAAGAGAGACUGGCGAAGAAAUUCAGAAAGAAGAGGACAGUGACGCCAACUCAGAGCAAAACUACCAAGAUCUGUACAUCGAUGGAUCGGAUGUCGAACUGACGGGUACUCUCUUGGAGGACAUAUCGGAAAUUUAA